UCGAAAAGCAAACUAUAGAAUGUACAUUAAGACCAAAGUGGCAGUUGACAAAUAGACUUGUCAUUUGAACAACAUCAUGCAACAUUUCCUAGUUGGCUACACGAAUCAUCCACCAUUUGUACGGCCUCAUCUCGAAGAUAAACGAAAUGAUAUAUGGGUGGUUCGCGGUGGAGCUGAUUAUCAUCUGGUCAAUGAAUUAAGUCAUAAAUACAACUUUACCUAUGACUUGGUCUACAUGUUUAACCAAUAUGAAUUGCUUAUCGAUGAUUUUAAUCGCAGUACAAUGGAUCCAUCAGUGCAGCUGAAUUUGGCUGAUAAUGAGACAAUUGACAUAGGUAUCGGCGGUUGGACAUUGAAUUAUGAAAGAGCUCAAUCAGUUGGAUAUCUUUAUCCAUAUCUAGUGGAACAGACAUCUAUCAUGACGGCAGUAUCGCACUAUCAUACACCGGAUCCUGAUAAACUGUUCAAACCAUUCGAUCAUUUCAUUUGGAUGGGCGUUUUCGGUUCGCUUGUUCUAUUCUUUUUAUUCGGCCGUUUCGACAGACGAUUUAAGAGAAGACAUCACGGAUCCAGUUUAUUAUGGAUAAACUUACAGCUUUUAUUUCGUCAGCCAGUUCAUUCUUGGUUCAAAGAUCCACGAGUAACAAGCGAUAAAUUAUUUGUAUCCUCUCUUUGGAUGCUUAUUGUGAUAGUCUUAACUAGUUCGUAUGCAGGCUGCUUAUUUUCUGUUAUUACUGUGCCUCAUAUCGACACCAUUGAUACGAUAUAUAAAUUGGCCCAGCAAUGCAAUCGAGGAUCAUUCGUUGUAUUGGUUGAAAAUGGCACGGCUUCCAUGACCGAAAUUCAAACUAGCCAACGGCCAUUGGCCCUAAUUCUCCAAAAACAUUUACAAGUUGUUCAAUACCAACUAUGGGCAGCAGAAAUGGUAUUAAAUUCAAGCAUCGAAAAUGGUGGCAUCAGAUAUGCGUUUAUACAACAGUACUAUAUGCUUAAACACCUGCAAAUGGUAUUCGAUAGAGAUCGACUAUAUCUUCCUAAACCCGGAUAUUCUUCUUCAUUAAUGAAAACGUUAAAUGUAGUGUUGCUACGACCAUCAUUUCCAUUGGUCACUCAAUUUAAUGAGAUCAAUUCUCGCUUAUUUAAUGCCGGUUUAUAUCAACUAUGGCUUGAACGCGAAUUUCGACAAAACAAAUCCAUCAACCAAGUAAUUGUCGAUUCAGUUUCGAAUGCAAAUGAAGACCCUGAAAAUGGGGAAUCAGAUGAAACACUCUCAAGCCAAUUGUCCAUCAAAAAUGAUAAUCUUACUCAACCAUUGAGUUUGAAACAUUUGACUAUCUUCUUUCUACUAUAUCUAUGUUUGAUGUUUGUAUGUUUACUAACGUUCGCUGCUGAAUGUAUUUUUUAUAUGAAUUCUAUUUCGAAUUUGCCAUUGAAUGAUUGUUAUUGCACUCAACAUUGUCUGGCUGAACUAUCAAUAAGUAAAAUCAUUGAUAGGAAACCAAUCAUUUAUUAAUAUUAAAAAAAAAGAUUGUACGUGUGAAUGCAAAUGUACAUUUAUUUGAAAACAAUUUUCAAAUCAAUCAAUCGAUCGAUUCGA